AUGACUAUGGUUUCCACUGUUUCGUAUAGAUUUAACGUCAACGGCCAGCUAACUGACAUCCUGGAAGCGAAAAGGGGACUUAGACAAGGUGAUCUGAUAUCACCUUUGUUGUUUGUCAUUGUUAUGGAAUGUUUGAACAGGUACUUGUAUAAGAUGCAGGAGGACUGUGACUUCAAUUUUCACCCAAAAUGCGAAAAAUUGAAAAUCACAAACCUAUGCUUUGCGGACGACUUACUUAUGUUUGCCAGAGGAGAUAAGGUGUCAGUUGAAAAGAUGAUGAAUACUUAUGGGAAGUUUUCGAAGGCUACCGGUCUCGUAGUAAAUUCGCAAAAGUGUCGAAUGUACUGUGCUGGCAUGGAUGAUCUGACUAAGCAGAAUAUUCUCAGAGCAUCGGGGUUCCAAGAGGGUCAGCUGCCUUUUAAGUACCUGGGGGUGCCGGUAACAGGUAAAAAACUCUCUGUUCGUCAUUAUGCACCGUUAAUUGACAAGAUCGUGGGUAGGAUAAAGCAUUGGACUGCGAGGCUGUUGACAUACGCGGGGAGACUGCAACUCAUUAACAGUAUUAUGUUUGCAAUGACUCAUUAUUGGCUCACUUGUUUUCCUUUCCCCAAAACUGUUCUUCAUAGAAUAGAUUCGAUUUGUCGCAUUUUCCUCUGGACAGGAGGUUUUGAAGGGAGCCGUAAAGCUCCAGUAGCUUGGCAGCAGAUUUGUAGCCCUCGUAGCCAUGGUGGUUUAAACGUCGUUGACCUUGAAGCUUGGAAUAAAGCAACUAUAAUUAAGUUGCUUUGGAACUUAAGUGGUAAGGAAGAUUCGCUUUGGGUUAAGUGGAUACAAACGUACUAUCUCAAAAACAAAGAUAUGAUGGAGAUCCAGUGUAAACAGAGUGAUUCCUGGAUAAUGAAAGGUAUUCUCAAUCUCAGGGGGGAUUUCCAAAACAUGAGCAGUCAGGUAGAUUUCAAGACGGGGGGAUUUAGAAUGAGUAAAUUGUAUGCUAAAUUACAUGAUUGUGGUCAGCCGGUGGAGUGGAGGAAUAUGAUGUAUGGUAACAACGCAAGGCCGCGAGCUAAUUUCAUGAUGUGGCUUGCUUGCCAUGGUAGAUUAGCGACGAAAGAUAGAUUGCGAAAGUACGGUAUGAUUGAUGAUACUAAGUGUUGUUUCUGCGAGGAAAAUGAAUCUUUAAACUAUCUAUUUUUUGAAUGUGAACGCUUAAAGUGCGUAUGGACGGAGAUCCUAAGAUGGGCUCAAAUUCACCAUACCCCUGGAGAUUGGUAUAGCGAGCUGAAGUGGCUUAUUCAACAUACCAAAGGUAAAGGAGUCCGAGUUGCAGUCCUAAAAAUGGCGAUUUCUGAAACCAUCUAUGAGAUUUGGCAGGAUCGGAAUAAUAAUAUUUUUGGAGAAAAGCCGGAUAUCACUACAAUUGGGAAGAAAGUCAUAGAUACUUUGGUGUAUAGAGGUUGGAACACUAAAAAACCAAGGGAGUAUAUAGCUAUUUUAAUGAUAGAGGGGGUUAGAUAG